AUGCACGGUUACAGUUCAUCAGAAGAGUCCGACGACCCUCGUCGGCCUCGUGCCCAACCUGCCACCACCAACAACAACGACCAGAAGAAGAAGAAAAAGAAGAAGCUCCCGCCCCAAAAGAGCAUCAACCGCAUCUGGAAGAAGUUCUCCAAGCGCAAGUUUCACAAGGCUCUCGCCGUCCUCCCAUUCGACCCCGUGCAACCACCUGCUACCUACCAUUCCAACGAGCUCUUAUCGGCCGGUUACGAGCGAGCCGCUGAGGAAUGUCGACGCAAGGUUGAGAAGAUCAUCAAAGAAUGCAUGCGAGAGAAUAUGCGAUAUCUAGAUCCUGGUUGGGAUUUGGAUUGGGAUCUCAAGUAUGAUAAGGGUCACUGCUUGAACAACCUGGGGUCGCAGAAAUUCGAGCUCAACAGGACAACGCUGCUGAGCUCAAAGGCGGCUGUUCCCAAGGCCGUCAAGCGCGUGCACGAGAUCUUUGAGAAUCCCCACCUUCAUGAAAGAGGUUAG